AUGGCCGAAAACCCAUUCCUCAACCAUGUGGAAGCGGCGUUCCACCUCUCCGAGAACGCAGUCGCUCCGCGACGCGCAAGCAAGUCACAGGCGAAGGCGGAGGUGCGCGUAAGCGAGUAUGGUAUCGCGGAUGAUCGGACGCGAAUGUCGAUAACAACGGCAGGGAUGCGAGAACGCGGCCUGCUGUUCAAUCACCGUCGUGAGAAUGCGUUUGCUGGGAGUAGCAACGUUGUUGGUAAAAGAGACGGUGGAAAUAGUAGAGAUUGGGGUGCAUUGAGUUGCUUCUCCUGCUCCUCCUCCGACGGCGACGACGACGGCGACGCCAAGGACGCCGAAACCAACUUCGACACAGAUACGAAUGGCCAUGAUAGCCGCGACUUAUCAGACGAGCGGGAAUACCUCCAUCAGCCCGACUUGUCCGGCGACGACGUGCAAGUGGACCCGCAGAUUCGCGACCUCCACCCUCGCUACCGAGACAUUGACCUAUUACACGACCGUCCUGCACGCCGCAUUUCCACCCUAUCCACCUCGGUCCCUUCUCGGCAUCGGCAAGAUCCCACUCCAUAUCCGAGUCGAGCUACGCUAAGCUACUACCCAUCGUAUCCGGCAAGUCUAUAUUGGCUCUUCCUCUACCCGUUGACAGGCCUAACUCACGGCAUUUUGAAGUGGUCCGAACUUUGCUUCUGGUCUUUCGACAAUAACGACACUUUCUCGAAUCGCAAUGCGAUCCGAGCAGAGAUGGAGUCUGUUGGAAGGAUCCAAGGAAGAGACGAAUACGUCUCCGACAAGGAAGUCAGAACGAGCAGCAAAUACAGAACUGAGAGGAGAACAAGAACCCAGAGCUGA